UUUGCCUUUGCUAACUCAAAAUAAUAAUAAUCCAAAUUUAUUGCUCGUUGUAAUGUAUGCAUUAAUGUUUAUAGCUGUAGGUUUUUAUAACAAAAAAUUUAUUAGUUUGGAUGAGGUAACUCAGCAGAAUGUUCACUUUUGAGUAUAACACAUGGAACUCGAUUUUGCACGAGUAUUACAUUUUAUCAUUGUUGAUUAGUGUACUUGCAGUUGUUGUGACUUUUAUUGUCUCAAGAAAAGCAAACUUCCUGGCAACUAUAAAAGACAAAAUUGAAGUAUCUCCACAAGUUGAAGAGAAAACUUCAAUGGAUGAAGCGGAAGAAGAUACAACUGAAGUACCUACUGUAAAUAUGAAACGAUCACCGGCUUUGGUUGCAGAAAAAGUAAUUCAGGCCAACAUGACUGAGGAACAAAAAUUACUUGAACAUCAAGUUCGACAGAAACAAUUGGCACAGAUUUAUGAACUCAUGUUGAAGCAAAGUGAUAAAUUUGGAAGCAUCAGCUUGUCAGAAGUAGAAGAGCAAAUGAAGCUGUACCAAUAAACACAACUAAUAUCUUUCUGGAGUGUAAAGGAGAGUGAUUGUAGAAAAAUACUUAAAGAAGAAGGUGCGUCAAAACUUAAAGAUUUUACAAACAACAAACUUGAAAUUACACUCUAUCUAGUCAUUUUUAAAUGUAUUUGAUCAACAAAAUGAGUUUAUUGCUUUUUAUGGCAUUGUUAAAUGAUGAUUCUUCUGCAAAUUUGUUUAUUUAUCAAACAUAUUUUCCUACAAUUGUAAUUUACUAAUAUAACUUAUGAAUAAUGGAAAAAAAAAAAAUUAUGAAAGAAAGCUAUAUUGGCAUAUUUUACUAGUCAAACUUAAGAGUCAUAUAAUAUGUAUCUUACAACUUGAAAUGUUAUUUGAUAUUAUUUUGGCCUGAGCAUUUUCUUUUAAUGUGCUUUGAAGUUGUAAUGAAAAAAAAAUCGCUCCGAAUGGAUAAUAGCUUUUCCUGUUUUCUUGUCAAUUUGUUAUUUAAAUUCUUUUCUUAAAACCAAAGACUUUAUAACAUACACAACAAAAAUCUUAUGCUGCUGUAUAAAUUUAAUAAAUAUGUAUUAAAAGGUUUUUUUCCCCUGUGCAUUAUCCCUAAAAAAAACUUCAUUUAUUUGUGAAAAUGAUAUAUGCUAACAGAAAAAACCUGGCACUUGGGUUUUAAGUAAAAUUUGAUUUUUUUUUCUUUUUGUCUCCUUUCGGAAAUGGGGUAAAUUACACAUAAUAUUAGAAAAUUUCAUAAGCAUGCUCUAACUCACUUAUAUGUAAGAUUUUUUAGCCACAAAAUUAAAAUUUUGUUCUUGCAUUCAGUUUGGAACAUUUUUUAUCUUUCAAAAACGUUUUAACUAUUUUGAUGACAUAAAAUCACGACAAAACAACUGUUAGAGAGAAGUUUGUGAAAACCUAUGUUGUAGAUUAUUAUACAUUUAAUAACUUCUAUACAUUUGUAUGGACCAAAAUGUUUUCUUUUGUCAUUUAUCAAAACUUAGUGUUUUUUGAGAUAAGCGGUUAGCUUUGUGACUCACACUUAUGACAUUAAUAAAAUAUUUUGUGAGCCACUCAGUUUUUAUCUUUUUUCAAACUUGAAAGAAUGACAAGGCGUCAACUAUGUUAUAACAUUUUGUGGUGUAAGAUAUCAGGACAUUUGGCCCCCGUUGAAAAUUUUUGUUUGAAUGAGAAGUAAGUGCUUUUUAAAAUGAGAAUGUAUAAAAAAAUUUACACUGCAUUGUAGUGUAGUGUAAAAAUUAGUAAACAAUGUGUAUACUACACUGUAGUGUACACAUAACUGUUUAUGCUUUUUGUUUAGCAGUUUUAAUUAACUUAAUCAUAUUUUUAUUGGUGGAUAUUUUUAUUACUUGUAUUUCUUAAAAGUUUGUUUAUUUUCAGAAGUGUUAAUUUGUUCUUUAAGUUAUAAUUGAAAAAUUAUGAAAUGUCACACAUUUUUUAGUUUAAUGACUAAUUUGAGAUGACUAUUUUUAUGUCACUAUUACAGCUGUAGGAGUUUAUGCUGUUUCGUAAUACUGCUACUACCGGUUAAUUAAUGUUGACUCCUAUAACAGUAAAGAAAUUAAUUUUUCAUUCAAAGUUUAUUUCUCACACAUUGAAAUCUGCCACUAGACGUGUAUUUUUUGAAAAAAUAAUCAAUUGUUCAAUGUCUACUUGCUAGAGUUUAUUUCUUGUAUAUUACAAAAUGCAUAAAUAUACAUAUCAAACUGUAAAUAUUGAAUAAAUAUUGCUUUUUAUGUUUUUGAAUUAAGAUUAAUAAUUCAAGUAUAUAAGUUACUGCAUUUUUAUUAUGAAAAAAGUAAUAAUUACAAAUGCAUAUCAAAUGAACUUCAUUGAAAAAUAGAGAUGAGCAAUGUUGUUCUUUUUAAUGAUUAGUUCAUCAGAGAAUCGUUCAUUCUUUUGACCUAUUUGCUGAAUUCGUUCAUUUAAAAAGGUUGCAGGUAGUCUCUCUGCAACUGGGGCGGAUCCAGACAGUUUUGUAAGGGGGGUCAAAGUCCAAUGGCCAACGCAAAAAAUAUUAGUUAAGCAGGGAUGUCUCGCCUACAAGGUUGAUGGUUACC